UCGUUGACUGCCCGGGGGCUUUUGAUAAAGAGAGAAGCUGGAAGAAAUCUGCAGCUGAGCGUCAGCCGGUGAAUUUAUUUGGGUAGCAGGGAGUUUGCCGUCCUCUUUUAACAUGUAUAAAGUUUCGUCUUGCUUAAGAGGCUGCUGUGCGGCUUCAACAGGACAGUCCUGGUUUCGCUCCGGUUUGUCCAAAUUCCACUUGGCAAGUGGUGCACUAUGUCAGAAAUCAGCCUUUAAAUACCCUCCUUCAGACCUCCCAGAGAUGCCACCAUGCAAUUUCGAACCAGAGGAAUACAAGGGUAUGUCCAAAGAGCGGAUGAUGGAAAUCCGCAGACUGAACUGCAACCCCAUGACAAUGAAGGUGACUCUUUAUAAGAAACCAGUUUUCAUCCACCAGGGAUUCAUGCAGUGGCUGUGGGAUGUGGAUGGGCGGCGAUAUCUGGAUCUGUUUGCUGGUGUAGCCACUGUCAGUGUGGGCCACUGCCACCCGAAGGUAACAGCAGCAGCUGAGCGUCAGUUGAGGAGACUGUGGCAUACUACAAACAUCUACGUCUAUCCUACUCUCCAUGAGUACUGUGAGAAACUAGCCUCCCACUUACCAGAUCCUCUGAAGGUGGUUUAUCUGACCAACAGCGGCUCAGAAGCGAAUGAUCUAGCUAUGUUGAUGGCUCGACUUCACACAGGCAACUUUGACAUCAUCACUUUCAGGGGAUCAUACCACGGUGGAAGCCCACAGACCAUGGGCCUAACUUCCAAUGCAGCAUAUAAAUAUCCAAUUGCCAAUGGUUUAGGCUGCACUAAUACCAUGUGUCCUGAUGUGUUCAGAGGUCCGUGGGGAGGAAGCCACUGCAGGGACUCUCCUGUGCAGACCAUCAGAGACUGUGGCUGUGCCCAAGGCCAAUGCAUGGCAAAUGAUCAGUACAUUGGACAGCUCAAAGAAACUUUGGCCACAAGUGUCCCCAGUCGAAUUGCUGCUUUCUUUGGGGAGCCCAUUCAGGGAGUCGGAGGAGCGGUGCAGUAUCCUAAAAACUACCUUAAGGAGGCUUACAAUCUUGUGAGAGAGAGAGGAGGGGUCUGCAUCGCUGAUGAGGUCCAAACUGGAUUUGGACGAACAGGAACUCACUUCUGGGGUUUCCAAGGUCAUGACGUUAUCCCUGAUAUGGUUACUAUGGCAAAGGGAAUUGGUAAUGGAUUUCCAAUGGGAGCUGUUGUCACAACACCAGAAAUUGCUGCCUCAUUUGCUAAGGGGGUUCACUUCAACACCUUUGGAGGAAAUCCUGUGGCAUGUGCCGUUGCCUCAUCAGUGCUCGAUGCUAUCAAAGAAGACGGUGCCCAGCAGAUCGCUCUUAAUGUCGGAACCUAUCUGAUGACAGAAAUGGCCAAAUUCAGAGAUAAAUAUGAGAUUAUUGGGGAUGUCCGUGGAAAAGGCCUGCAGAUUGGAGUGGAAAUGGUCAAAAGCAAGGCUAGCAGAGAGCCGCUGCCUCCUGAGGCCAUCAAUGAAAUUUUUGAGGAUGUCAAAGACAUGGGAGUUCUUAUAGGGAAAGGAGGACUCUACGGACAGACCUUCCGCAUCAAACCACCCAUGUGCAUCACGAUGGAAGAUGCAGAUUUCUUCCUGGCAGUUUUUAACAAGGCCAUCGCAAACUACAUGGAGAGAAGAUAGAAGGUCAGCUGGAUUGCUCUGUUGAGGCCCAAACCCUGAUACCCGUUUCACUUCUAAGAUGUCAAGAAUGUCAGUAUUAAUCAGUUUGACCUUCUGAGGAAGACUACCUCUGUUAUUGUUCCUGUGUAGUAUUUGUAAAAGGGAACUCUUGUAAAUAAUUUUAACUGUGGUAUAAUUAGACAACUUGAUUGACUUAACAUACCUGACCUUUAAAUGAUAAAAUAAUGUUGUACAGUGCCUUACUUACAAUGAACUUGAAAUUACUUUAAUAUUGGAUAUUAUUUUGAAUGAUUGUGUUAAAGCAUGCUUUUUGCUGAUUAUGGAUGUAAAUGUAAAAAUAAAGCAUUAU